ACGAAUUUAAAGAAAUUCUUUUUGACAAAAGCUUAAGGCGUUAUGGAUAUUAAUAGAAAAGAAUUAAGUUAUUUCACACGUAAAAGUAACAAUAAUAAAAAAAAUGAACUAUCUAAAAACAGUGCUAAUGGAGGAAAUAACGACACUUUAGAUAUUAAAAAUGAUGUUUUAACAAGCAAGAAUCAAGCAUCGUCAAAAGUAAAAGCCUUAUUUCAUGCGGACUCCAUAGAACCUGAAUGUGUCAAAAAAUAUAGUGUGAGUGAAAACAAUAAUUUAAAAAGUAGUGCUAAGCAAGCUGAACCUUGUGUAACAACUUUUGAAGAUGUUCAAAUUAAGCUAGCUGAAUCGGAAAUUAUGAGCUCGUUGAGUGAUACAGAUACAGAUAGAUCUCAAUUGCAAUUUGGUAAAUCAAAAUAUUCUGCUGCUUUAUCUAUUGAAAACUGCCCUAUGAGAAUCAGCGAUACACAUUUUGACACAAUAAAAGAACAACUUAAAAUUGCUUUAAGUAAAAGGCCAUCAAAAGUUGAUCCCUGCGACAUAAUAAAGUCUCAUUUGAAAAUGCUUUACAAAAAAGUAUAUUCCAGCAAAACCGAAAAGGAGAAGAUCUCAAAAUGUACAAAUAAAGAACAGCAAGUAGAGUCGUAUGAAGCAUUCAAUUCAAUAGAUAAAAAAGUUGAUGAUAGCUCAAACAGUUCUAUUUUUUCUUUUAAAGAUAAUGCCGUUCAAACGACAAGUAUAUCCACUUCAAAUAAUCAAUCUUGCUUUUUAGAAAAAGAUUUUUCUAAAAUGGAGGCUUUGGUUGAUUCAUAUGAUUCGAAAGAUGAGUUUGUACUUGAUAAAGACGAAGUUAUUAGGAAUGUUGUUUCUAAGCUCUCUACAGAAUAUAAUGAAGAAAAUGCUGAAAGUGUCAUAGAAGAAAUAUUUUCAAAUAUUGCAAUAACAAAGCGUAGCAUUCACGAUUUAAAGGCUGUUUAAUGGUUAAUCUAGUUUAUUUUUUAUUUUGUACGUUUAUUCAAUUUAAAAUUUGAAUUAGAAAAAACAAGA